UGAUUAGCAUCGUUUCGCAUAGUAAAUAAAGGGCAUGCGGUACUUGGGGGGUAUGUAGCUAGAAGACCCUAACCAGACAACGACGCGUAUUUGCUGCAAUCAGGUAUCGUAAUAGCAUCGUCCAAAUGGCUACCUUGAAAACUCCAGAGAACUGCACUGCAGACUUCUCUCUCAUUCCAAUCGGCUCUCAAAGCGCAUCGUUCUCAAAGCAGGUCGCGGAUAUCCAGCGUCUGAUGCAGAACUCUGGUCUCAAGUUUCAGAUGCACGCCACUGGAACUAUAGUUGAGGGAUCGUGGGACCAGGUGUCCCAAAUCAUCGGAUACGCCCAUACGCUGAUCCACCAGGAAGGCAUAGCCAGAAUUCAGACGGACAUUCGCAUCACGACUAGUGACACGCAGUCUUUGACUGCCAGUGUAACGGAUUACCCCAUGGAAUAUGGGAGACGAUACCACAAAUAUCAUGAGGGCUGUAUGUGCAGGCCUCUUCGACUUUCUCGGGGCCAGCCUCAGCUAGACCGUAUGGACAUGCAACACCACAUGCUCAAACUGGUCAACCGCGGGCGGCUGCUCUUUGCUUCUCCCCAAAGCCCAAAGAAAAUCCUAGAUGUUGGCACCGGCUCUGGUAUAUGGCCUAUAGAACUAGCGUCUGAAUUCCCAGCAGCCGAGAUUAUAGGAACCGAUCUUUCGCCUGUACAACCGAACGAAGUCCCCGAAAACGUCCAUUUCCUAGUCGAUGACGUUACAGAGGACGAAUGGCUAUGGGGACCCAAUCACUUCGACAUCAUUCAUGCUGGUCACCUUUCAGGUGCCUUACCAUCAUAUAAAGAUUUGUUACGGAAAAUCUUCAAGCAUCUCAAGCCUGGUGGCAGUGUUCAGUGCGACGAGUUUGACCCGAAGCCGAAAUGCGAUGACGGAACCAUGCCAGAAGAGGACCCCGACAAAUUCAGCGAAUAUGCCCUUCAAGACCUGAUGGAUUUACACCAUCGUGCCGGUCAGGCAUCAGACCCGCCCCGACAGUUUCGAGUAGCCCAUCGACUGGCACGCUGGAUGAGAGAAGUGGGAUUCGAGGACGUUCAGGAACGGGUUCAAAAAGUACCCGUGAACCCUUGGUCUACCGACUCUCAUCUGAGAACGAUUGGCUCGUGGAACGAGACAAACCUGCUGGAAGCCGCAGCUGGUUGGUCUUACAAGCCACUCACGAUUCUUGGCUGGUCGAAGCCCGAGAUCGAAGUCUUCCUGGUCGAUGUUCGCAAAUCCAUCCAAAACCGGGAGGUCCACGCCUAUUUGAACUAUUAUGUGGUAACAGGAAGAAAACCACGUUCUGCUUAGUGAGGGAGCCCUUGAAGGGUUUCACGACGAAGUUUACGGCUUCGAAAGAAAAGCACCACAAAACAGACAGCGUUCCUUUCGAAUUAUCGUUCCUUAGCGUCCAUACCUGCCUUUUGGCCUUCGCUUCAUAUUUACUUUUACAUCAUCAUCGGGUCUGUCCUCAUUUUCCAAACUUUACGUUUUCCUUGUGUGUUGGCGAGCAUUGGCAUAAGAUACCAUCGACUACAGAGAAACAUCAUAUAUGCAUGGAAGGCGUGCAGGGGCCUCCUUUUAUUUUCAUACACAAUAUUUCGCUUUCUCUUCUUGCACAUAGUUUAUAAAUUAACGGACAUGUGCUGUCAAAUCAUGCAUGAUUCUACUUGGUCUAGCCUACGAAGAACAGAACAGGCCAGUCAUUUAGACAUUCAGUAUACAAGAAUAA